CAACGUAUACUCCAGAAGCGAAGGGACGAUAUGAUUCUGGCGGCGAGGAAGAGAAUGGAGCAGAAGGUUCGGGAGAGUGGUUAAAUCGAAAUUCAGGAUGACUUUUGGGAUAUUUUAUUUUAUUCGGUCUGUACUUGUUGUCCUUCUUAUUUUGCUUUAUUCCUUUGGGACCUCGAUUCCUGCGCAGAACCUUACAUUUCCACUCCCAUUGGCGCUGGGACGUGUAGAUUGCAACACGGCUUCUUCUUUCUCCUCUCCCCUGAACUGAUUCUGCCUUUCCACUUUGCUAUACCCGGGACUUGGCUGUCUAGUCCCCUCCGCUAUUCUUC